AUGAGCGACAAUCUGAUGGUGAAGAAGGAGUCCGGUCAUCAGACCCGUGCAGCCCGCAUGUCUGCAGGCAAUAUCAAACUGCCUACAAACCCAAAGCUCUUUACCAAAGCUGUGAAUCCGCCGACAUUGAUCGAUACGUUUAGAGAAACAAGAUUUCGCAUUCGUGUGAUGCAACUCUUGUCUGCUAGCAUAUCGUUUGCAUCGCUCGCUGCAUCUGUUUACUCUGCUACCUUUACUUCAGCUCCAAUACAGGGUAGCGGCAUGACCUUUAUGACUUCGGUCUCGAUAUCCAGCAUGAUCAUAUCAGCAGCAUGCAUGCUUUUAUACCUCUGUCCUGCCUCCUUGAAAAUCCCUCCACAUCGACAUCCACGGUUUUCACGAGUUGAAGUCACUGCUGAUUUCAUAUAUGUCUUGUUUUGGCUUGGAGCUGCUUUGGCUAUGGCUUCAUCGGGACAGUGUCCUCCUACAUCGUCACGAGCCUAUUUGAUUUCAUCGGUUUGCUUUCCGUGGAAUCUUUGUAUGGCUUUUGGAAUUGUUUCUGCUGUUUUGUUUGCUGUCACGUAUGGAAUGGGCUUGUUUGAUUUGAAAAAGUAUGGAUUCGCUACUUCGGGAAUACAUGGAAAUCCAACUAUAGGACGUCCUACAUGGAAGCUACCUGACACGAACACGGAUUAG